ACAGAACCCAAAACAAACCCCAUUUUCGCUGUACCGCGCAUUCAUUCAAUACGGGAUCCUGUAUUGCACAUAUUCAAAACCCGGUUUAUUGUGUCUAGCUGAAAGUUUUCAUUCGUCAAAUUUGUAAAAUCUAAUUGCUUCACUAUAGGAAAAAUGGCAAAACGCGGUGCACUGUCAGAUUUAAACCACGACAACUGGAAUGACGAGGAAGAAUCCGAGGAAGCCGGAAAGUUUACCCAGGCUUCUGAUCAGGAACUCAAAAAACGUGUCAUUAAAACAGCCCGGCGUCGUAUGGCUCCUGGAGCUGAAUCAAGUAGUUCGUCAGGAAGUGGUUCGGUUUUUAGUGGAUUCAAAGGGUUUUCUGCGGUCACAUCCACGCCAGCGACUAAACCCCCUAAUGCGGGGAGUCCAUUCUCGUUUCUCAGUGGCAUCAGCAAACCGACCAAUGGAACCGCAAAUGUACCAUCGUCAUCGGUCAGUGGAUCUAUUGGCAGUGCAACAACUUCUGCUUUAGGGGCCAGUAUUUUUGCCACAACUGAUCCAAGCAAAAAAAUUUUCUCCGGUUUCGGUAGUCCACCGAAAGGAGUUGUCUCUCCUUCAACUGGGAAAAUGGAAGACAAAGCUAAAACAGAGGAUUAUAUAGCAAGCAUAAAGGCCCUUAAUCAAUCGGUGGCCGCUUGGGUGUCUGAAAAGGUGAACGAAGAUCCUAUUUGUUUACUUACCCCAAUAUUCAAAGAAUAUGCAAAAUAUUUAGAGGAAAUUGAAGCCAUGAAGAAAAAGGAUUCGCCUGAACCGGCUUCAGCGGCUCCUACCGGUUUUACUGUUGGAAACUCUACUCCAGUCGCUGCAAAAAUUGAGACAGGAUCUGCAACCGCGGCAAAGAAAUUCAGUUUUGGUUUUGGAGCCACGUCAUCUUCGAACCCGGGAUCCAGUUUUUCGUUUGCGAAUGUGGCAAAGCCAGCUGCUGAAACCAAGCCCAAGGAGGAUGGCAAAGCCGAGGAUGAUGGUGAAGAUGACGAGCCUCCGAAGGCCGAAUUCACUCCUGUUGAGGAAAAGGAUAGCAUCUUUUCCAAGCGUUGCAAACUAUUUGUAAAGGUGGAAGGAGACUACUCCGAUCGUGGCGUUGGAACACUGCACUUGAAAAAGGUUGAAAGCAAAGUUCAGGUCAUUGUUCGAGCUGACACCAAUCUGGGAAAUAUUCUGCUGAAUAUUAUUCUGAACGAGUCGGUUCCUCUGCAGCGUAUGGGCAAAAACAAUGUCAUGAUGAUUUGUUUGCCAACGCCGGAAUCAAAGCCACCGCCGUCGUCUGUGUUGCUUCGGGUCAAAACCGCCGAGGAAGCGGAUGAGCUCUACGAAAUAUUGAAUAAAAACAAGCCGAAAUGAACGGAUAGCUUUGUUACAUACAUUCGUAUUAGUUAAAUUUCUGCGAUUCAUUUUCGCAAUUCUAAACAAUAUACUUUAUACUGAUAAUCAUA